UGUACGUACAUGUAGAUCUAGACUACUCGUAGAAAACAGUCUGGAAAUAGGGUAAGCCCAAGGGAGUUAUGGACGCAGUGUUUAAUCAAGCUCCGUCUCUCAAAGCUCAGCUGAAAGAGGCAAGUGAUAUCAUCCGUUCUGGCAACAUUUUAGGAAUUGGUCCUAACGGAGAAGUGGAAGAGCUUUUAGUGAGAGGGAAUCUUUGUGCAGGCAAAAAGCUGCAUGGAACGCUUCUUGACAUCUCAACAAAGGAAUCUAAUAUUCUUGAGAAACUUGCAACUGACUGCAAUCAGCUGAGUCGUCUUGGCCACCCAAAUGUUGCUGCUUUCUUUGGGCUGUAUAUCCUAGACAAUGUUCACGAUUCAAGUAAGAGCCUUGUAUUGAUUCGAGAGUAUUCAAAAGGCACACUUACAAACCUUUUAGAAGCAAAUCCUCUCCUGCCUUUGUCAGUCAAAACUUCAAUUCUUUUAGAUGUAACGAAAGCCUUAGAUUACCUUCACAUGUCUAAGCCUGCUAUUGUACACUGCAAUCUUGCGUCAACCAAUGUGCUUAUUACUGAUUCAAUGCAAGCCAAAGUUGCGGACAUGGAAUGUGCCUGCUUCAACAAAAUUCAUCAAGUGAUAGAGAAACAGCAGUUGGCCUUUCUUCCUCCAGAAGCAAAUCAGCCUUUAUCGAGCUUUGAAGCAGCCUCCGAUAUGUUUUCCUUUGGACAUAUCGCUCUUCAUUCAGCAAUCCAUACCCCACCUGAUAUUUUAACGCAAGGAUUGACUGAAAUAGAAAAACGAGCUAAGUACAUUGCCCCUCUGAAAAAUGUUGACAAGAUACUAGGUGAUCUCAUUGUGAGCUGCUUACAAAUUUCGCCCAAAAAAAGACCAACUGCCAGUUCUGCCAUGAAAGAUUUAAGACAGCUGGAACAGAAACUAGCAUGCAAAGGCGACAAGUACCAUUCUUACAUGAAGAGAAUGACAAUGUAUGAAAUGAUUGGAAAUAUGAUGGAGGAUCAAGCAGAGAUUGAGUCAUUGGACAGUGGGCCAGAUCAAAUUGAUGACAUGCAACGAAGAGUUAAUUUCAACGUUUCACAGAUAAAGGGAGGUGUUCCAAAUGUUCUCCUCCUUCACGAAAUGGUCACUACAAUGGGAAUAAGAGGUAUCAAAAAACAACAGAAGUGGAUGGAGUACAAGUUUGAAAUAUCAGCUGCCGGAUUUUUACAGUAUUCUAAACUAAACGGUCAGGUUUUGAAAAGAGUAUCAAUGGAAGACAUCAUCUACAUCACUGCACACAGGAGACUUGGGGAUCUGGAUGUCUAUCCUUUCCAUGUCCGUUUCCGACCAAAUGACUGUUGGAUUCUAGGAGCACACAAUGAAGAAAUGCGUAAAUCAUGGAUGGAGGCAAUUUUACCUGGAUCAACGCACAAUCAGUGGUGCGAUUGUCCAUCAAAAUCUCUAAAACCUCAUCAACCACUCAAAAGAUCAGCUACUUCUCCUAUUCCCAUUCCCAUUCCCAUUCCCAUUCCUUGCACUGGCAAUGACCCAGGAUACAUCAAGUACAAUGAAAUCAAUGUCCCGGACAGUCAAGGGCCACCACCCGUUCCUGAACGACCAGCUGACAUAACAAAAGGAGCCGAUAAUCCGUACCUAAAAAUUUUGCCAUCAAGCACUGACAUAAAUGAGCGAAAUGAAGCUGUUGCAUCUUACACACUUGAACAAGUCCACUUGAUGAUCGAAAUGUUCGAGCAAAAUGUACAAGUGCAGCCGUUUUCACCACAAAGACAACCAGGUGAAACAAUUAGAAAAAGAACAUGUAGUGAAACUGACACCAAGGCAACUCAAGGUGUAGCUCUGAGAAACGAUUCUGUCAAUGUCAAUGAACAAUCAAACAAACAUCCAAGUAAAGGGCUCUACUUAAGUUAUGCAGCAAUAACGGAAGAAAUGGAUACUACUGCCACAGACGAACAAACAGCUUCCGAAGAAACAAAGCUGAUGGAAAAUACUAUCUCAUCCUCGAAACUGUGCAACCAAGACAAGCAGUCUUACAGCACUAAAAAAGGAUUUAGUCGUCAAAGUGCUGUAAGCUUCUCAACGACAAAAAAUCCAUUACCGGUAUUAGAAAACAUCAAAGAUGAAACAAAUUCUACUGAAACAAAAUCUACACUUCGGAGAAUUCUAAGGCAGCAGAGCUCUGAAGAGUUGCUGGAGGACAUUGAUAAGCCAGAGUGGUCUAAAGCUCAGCUUGAAGACAUAGAACACUCAACAGGAGAGCAUUCCCAUGACUCCUCACACAAAGCCCGUCAAAUUAACUCUCUUUCUAUUGCAUCCAAAGAUCUCCAUGAUUUUUCAAGCAUAGCUAUCGGUCAAUAUGGUGCUGUCUAUCGAGCAUCACUGAUUGAUCAUACUAGCACAUCGAAAACAGUGAUAGUGGCUGUGAAAACUAUACGGGAGCACUCACAAGAAGAGUGGAUUGAUCUUUUACAAACGGUUUCAAUAUUGAGAAAUCCCCACCAUCCUAAUAUUGCAGAAGUAUUUGGAGCUGUUCCCGAAAGUGAGUUUAUACUCUAUUUCCUUCAUCAACAUUUUUCUUUUGCCACAGAUAAUUGGAUUGUGAUGGAAUACACGGCUCUAGGUGACUUAAAAAGACAUCUUAUUUGCAAUAAAGUGGCGACAUUACACCUUAUCAAGUACAUGUGCGAUGUUGCAAUGGGAAUGCAUUACAUCAAAAUGCAAGGACUUGUGCACAAAAAUCUUGCUCUGAGGAAUGUUUUGAUAACAGAAGAUCACACUUGCAAGGUGGCUGAUCUUGGAAUGAGAAACAAAUCGUUCUCGGUCACCAGAUUUGACUUGGGACUUGAGGUUGAUCAAAGAAGGUGGAUGUCUCCUGAGAACCUCUACAGGGGGUUAUUUUCUGAAGCCUCUGAUGUUUGGUCAUUUGGGGUUGUACAAUGGGAGAUGUUUCAGCCCACAAGAGCGCCUUACUCUACGCUUAACAGCAGUCAAUUUCCCAAACACAUCAAUUCUGGACAUACUCUGGACAUUCCCGAUGUUUGUCCACAUAUUGUUGCAAAAAUAAUGAGAGCAUGCUGGAAUUGGAACGCAUCUAAGAGACCCAGUUUCAUGUACAUAGCCUCACUACUGAUGCAAAGAAGUCUUUGUGACAAGGACUGAGUUUCAACUUACAUUGUAUAUAAUAUACAUUGCACAAUAACUAUACACUUAUAUAUUAUAUACUUAUAUAUUAUGUAUGACAAAA